UCUCCCUUUUUGUCUUGAGCGCCAAUUGAAAGAAGGUGUUUGUUUGACCGAGUAACUUGAUCCCUAGCUCUCUAAACGAUAACACGCUUUAAAACUCCUUCAUUAGUAUUGGAGAUCAUCCUGAGACAUCAGUGAAUGAUAAAUGGGUGGAAAAUAUCAACGCCUUACCUCUGAAGCAGGAUCCAAGACGUUGAAAACUGGCCUUUUCUCCUAUAUUUUCUUUACUUGGUUAAAUGGGCUCCUGAAACUGGGAUACCAACGACCUCUCGCUUAUGACGAUCUGUUGGAGCUGUCUGACGAAAACAAGGCACAAGAUCUAGUGGCCAAGUUACACGGGUUAUGGAUGGAAGAGAUUAACAGUGCUAAGAAGAGAGGCAGAAAACCCCGACUUUGGAAGGCCAUGUUCAAACUAUUCCUUCGAGAUGUCAUUCUCUUUACCGCUUUGAAACUGGUGGAUGAAGCUAUGGGGAUUACUUUGGUAGUAUCAGUGUGGUUUUAUCUAAAGUUCUUAGAAGAAGGAUCCCACAUGGAUCAGACCUACGUUGUUGGUAUAGUUGCUAGCAUUGGGAUUCCAAGUCUGAUUAAAGUGUUCUUCUAUCAUCAUUCUGAUUACUUGGCCGUGUUGAUGGGUGUGAGGUUGAAAAGUGCUGUUAUAGGGUUGAUCCAUAAAACGAUAACUGAAUCUAGACGUAGCGAUCUCUCCAAGUUCACAACCGGUCAUAUAGUGAAUCUAGUGUCCAACGAUGCGAAAAGAAUGGACGAGUUAGGCAUAUCACUAGGAGAAGCACUAUCAACCCCAAUUGCUGUUGUUGUAGUUGUACUUCUACCUUUAUUGGUCGGUUGGCCGUCCUUGUCUUGCCUUCUAUUGAUGCUAGUCUUGAUCAUUAUAAAUUUACUACUCACACAACUGUAUACUAACAUUCGCCUUGAGCAAGCCAAAGUCACAGACAAGCGAUUGGCAGUAAUGAGCGAGAUCAUCUGUGGAAUACGAGCUGUAAAGAUGUAUGCUUGGGAAUGGAAAUACAACGAAACAGUUCAAGCAUUACGAGGGUAUUUCCAAAUUCUUUUCUCUUAUUAUUACUUUAUAUGUGUUUAUAAUUUUGAUAGAGAAUCAUGUUUGUUUGCCUAA